GCAGAACGCUCUGAUUUUCCUGUUGCCUUGCCAAUGACCCCCUACAGGAAGAUAAGGGCUGAGCGGGGAGGGAGGAGCAGUUUAGCUACACAUGUCUGGCUGCGCUUAUCAACUUAUCAUAUAAGGAAAGGAAAGUGAUUGAUUCGGAUACUGAAGCUGAAGAAUCUGGCCAAAGGAGAAACAAAAGAAAACAUCCCAGCGUACUUUGAAAGCGCACACCGGUCUCACAACUGGGACAAGCUUGUUUUUCCUCUUCGCAUCUGACAGCUCGCGGGACGGCUGGAGAGAAGACAGCACUUUCUUGUUGUUGUUGGUUUUUUUUUUUUUUUUUUUUAACCAACUGAGCUGCUAGGAGGGUAAGGGAGGAAAAAAAAAGUCUCAGUGUGCUUUACACAUGGCAGCCUAGCAGAGCAUUUCACAGCGAGACAGAUAGCUGGAUGAUCCUGGACUCUCUCUGAGUGUACAGAAGUUUUGCGGGUUUCCUGCCUGAUCACCGAAAGAAGCAUGUGGCUCAUUGUUUUUUUUACUUUGAGCUCUGAUCUCGUCUUAGCUUCAGGCUACAACUCCUUUCGGAAAAGCAUGGACACCAUCGGGAAGAAGCAGUACCAGGUUCAGCACGGGUCGUGCAGCUACACCUUCCUCUUACCGGAGACGGACAACUGCCGUUCUUCUUCGAGCGCCUAUUUCUCCAACGCCGUUCAGAGGGAUGCCCCGCUAGACUACGACGAUUCGGUGCAAAGACUCCAGGUUCUGGAGAACAUCAUGGAAAACAACACGCAGUGGCUCAUGAAGCUUGAGAAUUAUAUCCAGGACAACAUGAAGAAAGAAAUGGUAGAGAUGCAACAGAACGCAGUACAGAACCACACUGCAGUGAUGAUUGAAAUAGGCACCAAUCUCCUAAAUCAAACGGCAGAACAGACCCGCAAAUUAACAGAUGUUGAAGCGCAAGUAUUAAACCAGACAACCAGACUUGAACUUCAGCUUCUAGAGCAUUCACUUUCUACAAACAAAUUAGAAAAGCAAAUUUUGGAUCAGACAAGUGAAAUAACUAAAUUGCAAGAGAAGAACAGCUUCCUAGAAAAGAAAGUCCUCGACAUGGAAGAUAAACACACAGUUCAACUCCAGUCAAUAAAAGAUGAAAAAGAUCAACUUCAAGUAUUAGUAUCCAGACAAAAUUCCAUAAUCGAGGAAUUGGAGAAACAACUAGUGACAGCGACAGUAAACAAUUCCGUUCUUCAGAAACAGCAACACGAUCUCAUGGAAACUGUGCACAACUUGCUGACGAUGAUUUCGUCACCGAACUCUAAGAACUCCUUUGUGGCUAAAGAAGAACAGAUCCUGUUCCGAGACUGUGCCGAGGCGUACAAAUCGGGACUCACGAGCAACGGCAUCUACACCUUAACAUUCCCUAACUCCACAGAAGAGACAAAGACAUAUUGUGACAUGGAAUCAGGUGGCGGUGGAUGGACAGUUAUUCAGCGGCGCAUAGACGGCAGCGUGGACUUUCAUCGGACAUGGAAAGAAUACAAAAUGGGAUUUGGCGAUCCGGCGGGGGAGUACUGGCUAGGAAACGAACUUGUUUCCCAGCUGACUAAUCGGCAACGUUACGUCCUUAAAAUUCAGCUCAAAGACUGGGAAGGAAACGAGGCAUAUUCAUUAUAUGAACACUUUUAUCUCUCGAGUGAAGAACUCAACUACGGGAUCCACCUCAAAGGACUUACGGGGACAGCAGGCAAAAUAAGCAGCAUAAGCCAACCAGGAAAUGAUUUUAGCACAAAGGAUGCCGACAAUGACAAAUGCAUUUGCAAAUGUUCACAGAUGCUCACAGGAGGCUGGUGGUUUGAUGCCUGCGGCCCUUCCAACCUGAACGGGAUGUACUACCCACAGAGGCAGAACACAAAUAAAUUCAAUGGGAUUAAGUGGUACUACUGGAAAGGCUCGGGCUACUCUCUCAAAGCCACAACUAUGAUGAUCCGGCCGGCGGAUUUCUAAACGUCCAGUCUCCCCGAAUGGCGUGCUAUGUUAUCUUCCGAGACUUCGUUUGCCAAGCUUUAAACGCCCAGCUGCCUCUCGUCUCGUUUCCCACCUCAGAAAACACGCAAUACUGCCCCGAAAGGAUCAACGCGUUCAGAUUCUCGAGCUCGGUAGUCUCCGUCAGUUAAACAUGCAUCACUCGGCUAAUGGCUACAAUAUGGCUAAAACACGAAGUGGCGGGGAAUCGCAACGAUCUGGAAGAAGGACUGUUGGAGAAGAGAAGAUUCAAGGUCAGGGCAUGGUCUGACAACUCAAGGACUCCAUUGUCAUGGCGGCCUAUGCUCUUUGUGAGGUGAACAGUAAAUAACUGGAACUGUGAAAUAAGCCUAUCUAUAACAUAGUGUUAGGAGUGUACGUUUGUGCCUCACUCAACUUAACACAUCACUUUUGAUAUACGAAACAGUUAAUCCUGAAUUUGCAGCCCCAACUGUUUGGCUCAUAUACCGUUUGUAGAUCGUGUAAAUAUAUUUAGUGUUCUAAAUUUUGCCUCACUCCUUUCAUUAGAAGGAUAAUCAUUUCCUUCUCUCACACGCCUGGCGUCAUUUUAGAAGUGAGUCGGGGAUUUGUGUUGGAUUGACGAUUUAGUUGCUAUUAGGAGAAGAAAAGAAACCAUACUUAAUGCUUUUUACUGCUCCAUUUAAGUGUUUGAAAUUUUAUCAAGGGGAAAUUAGUAUAUCGACAAACUGAUUUCUUAAUUUUAAACACAUUCUGGAUCAUAUAUUUCUGGGUUUUUUUAGGUUUAAAGUGACUUAAAUCCAUGAAAGUGUCUGAAUGCUACGUGUUUCAUUUAAGAUUUCUAUGAAGAGUGCACUUUUUCCCUUUCUGGCUGUUAAAUGCAAAGUAAUUUCAGAUAAUUAAAUAUAACUUCCAAGAGGGAUUUCUGACACAGUUUAAAUUGUGAAAAGAGUUAAACUCAAUCCGCUUUUGAUGGUUCAGAAAUACAUGAUCAUGACUCUUACAAAGACAAACUAGAUUUUGACAGAAAGCCAAAAACGUUACCUAUAUCAUCGCAAGAAAAAGAUCUUUUUAUGUUCUUAUUCUUUCAAUUUUAUUAAUACCAUUUUUACUCCUAUUUUUGGUAAAAUGAGUGGUACAGUGUCAAUCUGGUAAUGUUUUCACUUUGGUAAGGAAAGAACUUCCAUGCUAAACAGUUAAUUUUCAUGGAUUAAACUCAUUAUGUUGUUCAAACCCCUAAAAUCAUAAAAAUUCCUUGAGUUUUUGUGCUUACCCUUCCCCCCAGCCCCAACCCACCCAACCUCCCCCUUAUUUCUAUUCUAUUCAGCUUUUCAAUAUGUGUUUCUUGGGUUUUGAAACAUUUCUCGUUAUUUUGAAUGGGUGCUUGCAAUUUUGAAAUGGUCUCACAAAAUAAAUUCUGAUGCUCAGAACUGCAAAAAUAAACAGUUUUAGAGUCGCA